CACAUCCUUACUGAGGAAGUAGCGACAAUCUCGUGCUGUUUUUGAACACCAAAUAGCUGUUUUCUACACAAGCUAUGAUUCCCACCCGCUUAACCUCCUGUUAUAUGGUGUUAUACCCUCCCUAGUCUCCCCGCAUUCUUAUGGACUCCUUGGACACUAUUAUCCUUAAGUUUCUAUCAUGAUUGUCGGCCCUACCCUCGGAACCGGCCUGUUUAUUGGGUCUGGUCCAGGUCUGGCGGCCGGGGGUCCGCUCUCCCUCCUUAUAUCCUACAUAUUCAUAUCUGUCCUGGUGUACUGUUUGACAACGGCCAUUGCCGAAGUCGCGGCGCAUAUGCCCGCUGACGAUGGCACUGCGGUAACGCACACAUACCAAUAUGGAUGGAGCCAUCUGGGAUUUGCACUAGGAUACCUUCGCUGGUACUCCUUUGCCUUGAUGGUCCCCUUUGAAAUCACUAACGCAAUGGUCAACAUCGGUCUAUGGGAUCCCGGCGCCCAGGUCGCCUUGCGUGUGGCCAUCGUCUGUCUUGUCAUAUCGGGUUUCAAUCUACUUCCCGAGAGGCUGUUUAAAAGAUCCGAGGUCAUGUUCACUGGGUUGAAGCUGUUCACGACAGUGGGGCUUGUGAUUUUGUCGCUUGUGUUGGCCAGCAUCCCUGGAUCAUCCGCCGGAGGAUUCCACUAUUGGCGCGACCCCGGCGCGAUGCACGCAUAUACUACUGGUGGCUCUCUGGGUCGGUUUCUGGGCCUCGUCCAGUGUCUCGUCUACAGCACCGUGUCUUUCAUAUUCACCCCGGAACUGAUCGUCCAGAGAGCUGAGCAAGAAGUAUCCGAAUCAAGAUCCAACAUCCUCCGUUCAUCCACGACAACCAGCGUGAUCCACUCCUUGCUCUACACCCUCAGCGUGCUGGCCAUCGGCGUGAUGAGCCCCUACGACGAACCACGCUUAACGAAUAAUGGUCUCGGCGCGGGGUUGAUAUUCCUAUCAUCGGUGGCUUCUGGACGCUCGUUUCUGUACCUUUCUUCACGAACGCUGUGUUCGCUGGCCGAGGCAGGACAUGCACCUACGGUUUUCAAAGCUCGAGCUAGCUGGGGGGUGCCGUAUGUGUCGAUUGCCGCGUCUGCGGCGUUUUCAACUCUCGCCUUCCUGUCUGCAGGAGAGCCCAGCUCUCUUGUCUAUAAUUGGCUCAUGUUUUUCAUAACGACUUCCGGUUAUAUCUCGUGGAUGUCCUGGUGUAUCGUCUACCUCUUGUUCCGGCGGUCCACCAAAGCGCAAGGAUUUACAUCGGUUCACCAGUCCUGGAUCCAACCCUACGGGACUUACUUUGGGAUGGUCGUCUGCUCGGUGUUGUCUCUCGCCAAUACACUCACCAUCGCCGCGCCGUGUCCCCUGCCCACGACAGAUUCCAUCCCUGCCUACAUGGGGCUCGCUGUUUUCGUCCUUCUUUAUUCGGGACAUUUCCUGAAUGCUACCGUCACAGGGCGAGUUUUUCGGCGGAGAGGGAAUGUUGUUGAUAUUGAGAAGCGGGCUGAUGCGACUGAUCGGAGUGAGACAAGGCCGUGA